CUCAUUUCGAGAUAUAUACUACAUCUGCAUUUGCAUGCCAUGAAUCCAUAUUAGCCAUAUUCUUUGACAUAGAAUAAGCAUACGAUACCACAUGGCAGUACCAUAUUCUGCAACAACUGUCCUCCCUAGGCAUAUGUGGAAACAUGGGUGUCUUUGUACAGUCUUUCCUCUCCAAAUGCAAUUUCCAGAGUCGGGCGCGGAGGGCGGCGCGUCGGCCGUGUGCUGCCGCUGGUGCCGCAGGGUGUUCUUCUCGCAGCCGCAACUCGCCGGCCACAAGUGCAAGGGGCGGCCCGUGAAGGAGAGGCGGUUCGCGUGCAACAUCUGCCGCAAGACUUUCUCGCAGAAGAUCAGCCUGCAAUAUCACAACGUGUACGUGCACGACGGGGAGCGCAAGGCCGCCUGUCCGCACUGCGAUUACCGCGCUCCAGACAAGGCCAAGCUGUCCGUGCACUUGCGGACGCACUCGGAGGUCCGGCCGUACGUGUGCGACACGUGCGGGGGCUCCUUCAAGUUCCGCUCGACGUACCGGGCCCACGUGGCGCGGCACACGAACUCGGGCCCGUUCGUGUGCGAGUACUGCAAGAAGGCCUUCAUGAUGGCCUCGGAGCUGCAGGAACAUUCGCGAAUACACGCCGUCGUGCGGCCGUUCGCGUGCCAGCUCUGCGGCAUGACCUUCAAGCAGAAGAAACGCCUGCGGGUUCACCACCGCGCGGUCCACCUCCAAGACAAGCGCUACGUAUGCGAUAUAUGCGGCUCAUCCUACAUAAACAACUGGAACCUUCGGGGCCACAUGAAGACGCACCUCCACGUGGACAACAGCUACACGAACGCGUGCGACCUGUGCGGCAGCAACUUCCGCGGCAAGGCCGGGCUGGCGGCGCACAUGCGCAUGCGCCACCCCGAGACGCGGGAGCCGCGCCAGAGCUUCCAGGUGCUGGACGUGGGCAUCGAGCCCGAGGCUAUCGAGCACAGCAGCAUGGAGCCCCAGGCGGGGGACGUCGAGCUCAAGAUGAUCGAAGUGUACUCGUGCGGCUCCUGCGGCCUCCUGUGCGAGUCGCUGGAGCAGCUGACCUCGCACUCGGCCGAGCAGCACGGCGUCUACCGCGUCCUCGCGUCCUAGGGGCACCGCGGACUUCCGGCGGCGGCGGGCGGGGGAAGGGCGGGGGGCG